CACGAGGACGGAGGAGGCAAGGAGACAAGGAGGCAAGGACAGAGGAGACCAGCAGGCAGGAAUGGAAGGAAUCUAGUCCUCGCUCAUCCUCAGGUCUGUGGGGAGUCAUGACGUCUCAGGAGGAGACUUCGUCCUUCAGGAGGUUUUUCCAGUACGUGGAGGACAGCGGACUCCGAACCUACGACGGUUUGGUGAUCCAGAAUGCUUCAGACAUCGCCAGAGAGAGCGACCGCAUCCGGAACCAGACCAACUGGACCUACCUGCAGGAGAAACACCAGAAGAAGAGGCGACAGGAAGAAGCCAUCAAAAGGAUUGGGGAAGAUGUCGCCAUGGCAACAGACGGAGCAUAUUCUGGGAAACACUUUCGGAUGGGGUUCAUGACGAUGCCGGCGCCUCAGGACCGACUGCCCCCCCCCAGCCAGGGCUUCGCCGUGCGAUCCCAGUCCCUCCACUCGGUGGGUGGCGGGGAAGACGACUCCGCCCACAGCCGGAAGCAGCCUCCGCCCAAACCCCGGAGGGACCCCAACACCAAGCUGAGCAGCAGCUCCGAGACUGUGGACGGAGGCUGUGGCGUCCCCAAGAGAGACCACCAGGACGCCAAAGACGCGUCAGAGCUGAGUGAAGCGGCUCGGGGUGUCCUCCACUCCGAGGACUCCAGGAAGAUGCCUCCACCCAAACCCAAGAGGAACCCCAACACCCAGCUCAGCACCUCCUUCGACGAGUCCUACAUCCGAAACCACAGCGCCAAGAAGACGUCGGUGCGAUGGGACAAGUCCUCGUCUCAGAGUCACAGUCCGGCCUCCAGGGACACCGACGACGAGGAGCCGGUCUACAUCGAGAUGGUGGGAAAUAUCUUGCGGGAGCUGAGGGGUCCGGAGGGCGUGGAGGACGAGCAGAACGAGUCGGUGUACGAGGAGAUGAAGUACCCCGUGUUCGAGGACUUCCUGCAGGACGGCCACUCGGCCAUCUUUGACCCAGAGGCAUAUUCGUCGCGUGGCUCGCUCUGUGACAUUCCGCCACCGUUCCCCAACCUCCUGACCCACCGCCCGCCGCUGCUCGUCUUCCCGCCCGCCCCGUCUCAGUGCUCCCCCAACUCCGACGAGUCGCCGCUCACCCCGCUGGAUGUCACCCGACUGCCCAUGUUGGAAAACGCUUCGUACAAGCCGGGCAGCGCCGAGCAGCCGCAGGGUUCCACCCACCACCGCAAAGACCGCCACCGAGACCGGGACAGAGAGCCGUCGUCCACACACACCAUCACCUCCUCCGGCCGCUCCUCGGCUCCGCCCCUUCCCUCUAAUCUCUACAAGUCGUCCAACUCCGCCCACGGCGGCCACGGUUACCCCCGCAGCCAGUCGGCAUGUCCGUCCCCGGUCAGUGUGGGCCGCUCUCUGACGCCGCUCAGUCUGAAGAGGCCGCCUCCCUACGACACGCUCAUGGCAGGAGGGAGCAUGCCCCGCUCUUCAUCGUCAUCCUCGUCGUCUUCCCACAGGGCUGGAGAGGGCGGAGCUAAACUCAGUAACUCCUCCUCCACGCACGGAUCCAUGCAGAACAUGUCGAUGAGGUCGCAGACUCCUACAAGCCCACUGGAAGAACUCAACUUCCUGUUCUCGUCUGGCAGGCAGGUGAUGAAGAGGAGCUCAGGAGGGAGGAAGAGCCGAGACAGAGAAGGAGACUGCAGGUCUCUGCCCAGGCAUCACAGCAGAGACAGAGACGGACAAUCAAGUCCAAUUUCGAGCAGGAUGGGGAGGUCGUCUGUCAGUCCAACCAUGAUGCUGUGUGGAGGAGGAGGAGGCGCAGGAGCAGGAGGAGGAGAAGAUUCAAAGUCUGUCUGUAAACUGGGACGUUCGGCGUCGACCUCAGGGGUUCCUUCACCCGGUGGAACUCCACAACAUCACCUGCAUGAGAUGCACCAUCCUGCCCUCAGCCAGAUGCCGUGGCUGUGUGGAGACUCCACCAUGAUGGACAUGAUCGAGAAGAAGCGAGUCCUGUGCCGAGAGAUCAAAGCUCGCCAGAGACCCGAGAAGAACCUGUGCAAGCAGGACAGCAUGCCCAUCCUCCCAUCCUGGAAGAGGAAGCCGCCACCAUACUCUGCCCCGCCCACUGCGCCGGGACACGCCAACACUGUCUUCUGGGACACGGCCAUCUGA